CGUCUCCCUGUGACACGCCCCCGUUUCCCGAGACACGCCCCCGUCUCCCUGUGCGGACACGAGGGUGAGAGCAGGCUACUUGCACGUGUUUGCACUCGGCGCCCGGAGCACCGUCUGCUUCUCUGCCAAGUGCACGGUGUCCCUAGCGGGACUUUCCCACGAGAAGACGCCUGCUGUGCCGGCCGAUGGCUGGUGGCCCUCCCGGAAGUCGGCGGGAAGUGGCCAAAGCUUGUCUGGCUCAGGCCGGCUGUGGGCCUGGCUGCAGGAGGGAUGCGACCGCUCGGCCCUGAGUCCGCGGACACUGAGGCCCCAGACCUGGCCGUGAGACUCCGGGCAGCUCAGCACCCUGACCGCAGAGCGCGAGGCUGCGAGGAGCUGGAUGCCUGCAGCUCGCGUUCUGUGGGGCCAGGCCAGGUCCCCCGCGCCCGCCCGGCAGCCCGCGCCCUCUCUGCUGCAGACCCUGCGCGCUGGGACAUGGCGCUCCCGCGCGCCGUCCUCCUGGCCGGCCUCCUGGCGGAAGUUGCCAGCAAGUCCUCGGACAGCGCGGGCCAGCAGUCCAGGUGCUGUGUGGACGUGGUGGACGCCAACACCACCUGCCCCGGCGCGAGCCUGUGUGGCCCAGGCUGCUUCAGGCGCUGGAACGCGGACGGGAGUGCCAGCUGCGUGCGGUGCAGGAACGGGACCCACAGCAGCUCCGAGUGCAGAGGCCUGGCUGGCCAGGGCACACAGUCCCCCGAAAACAGGAGCACAGGGACGCCUGGGCGGCCGAGUCCCGGGGGCCCUCGAGUGGCAGCCUCCCUCUUCCUGGGGACCUUCCUCGUGAGCUCGGGCCUCAUCCUCGCCGUGGCCGGGUUCUUCUACCUCAAGCGCAGCAGUAAACUGCCCCGGCUCUGCUACGGGAGGAACAGAGCCCCCGCCCUGCAGCCCAGCGAAGCCGCCGCGAUGAUCCCCCCGCCGCAGUCCUCAGUGCGGAAGCCGCGCUACGUCAGGCGGGAGCGGCCCUCGGACAGGGACGCGGGCCCCACUGCCGCCUCCUUGGUGGAAGCCCGGGUCAGCAACGUCUGACAGGCUCGCCUUCACUGCACCCGCCCGACCGACCGCCCGACCGCCCGACCGACUGCCCGCCUGGAGGGGCCGCCCCGGGCAGGCUGUGCCCCUGAGGCCUCGACAGGCCUGGACUCGCCUGGACUCGGCUCUCAGCCCCAGCGGCAGGCGCGAUUGGCCUCCAGCCAGCUUCCUGCGCUGCUGCGUCCUGCCCGUGGCCGCUCAGCCUCACGGACCACAGCAGGCGCCCGAGACUGGUCGGGAGCCGGCUGGGAGGGCCUGGGCCUCAGGAGAGACGGAGAGAUCGCCAGGCUGCUCCCUGCUGCUGUGCCGGCCGGACGCUCUGCCCUCGGAGCCCAGUGGUCAGCACCUUCGAAGGCACCUUCGGGGACAGGGCCUUGGACCGGCCCUGAGGCCGCGGCACCUGCAGGCUGUCCUGGGCCGACCCCCAGCCCACGACCCCUGGGUGCCAGGAGCCGCAGGUGUUUCCUGGUUUCCUGCCGACUUUGGUCUCUUUUUAAGCAGAAACUCAUUUUGUGGGAACGUCUGCUCCCCACACCAGGGCCCACGCCUUCGGGCUCCACCCCCCAGGACACACGGGCCCCAGCGCUGGGCUCAGGGCCGGCCCCAGGGAUGUGUCCUCCAAGGCCCCUGCACCUGGACGCUGCCUGGGCGUCUGGCCUUGUGACCUGCGGAGAAGGGAGUGUGGCGCCGGCCGCAGCCACAGUUCCCCCUUCAGUGUCCGUCCCACGUCAGGGGCCGGAGGAGGCCUCAUGGUCAGCCCCCCAAGCCCUCUGCGUGGCGAUGCCCGUCCGGCAGCCGAGAGCAGGGAACCACUUAGCACCUGGACCAAUAAACGCCCCGUCCUCAUCA